AUGAAAAUUUCCAGAAAGAGACUGAACCCCGAUGGCUGCACGGUGCGGAACGAGGACAAGAUUUUGACUGUGGACAUCAAACGGGGCUGGAAAGAAGGGACAAAAAUCACUUUCCCACGAGAAGGAGAUGAAACCCCCACCAACAUUCCUGCAGAUAUUGUGUUUGUGGUCAAAGAUCGGCCGCAUCCAGUGUUCACAAGAGAUGGUUCUGACAUAAUCUACCCUGCUAAAAUCACCCUAAAAGAAGCUUUGUGCGGCUGUACAGUCAAUGCCCCUACACUGGAUGGUCGGACCAUCACUGUCACCUCCAGAGAUGUGGUCAAACCAGGCACCAAGAAGCGCAUCGUGGGAGAGGAUAGUUUGAUAUCAAAAUCCGUUAUCUGGAGACGAAAGGAAACGGGGAGCGCUCAAACUCCGGAAUAG